AUGGCUGCUUCUUCAUCUUCUUCACAGUUUGACUUCAAGAGAUACCAUGUCUUUUCGAGUUUCCACGGCCCAGACGUCCGCAGUGGAUUUCUCAGUCAUUUACACAGUCACUUCGAAAGUAAAGGGAUCACUACGUUCAAAGAUCAAGAGAUCGAGAGAGGCUAUACGAUUGAACCUGAGCUCGUGCAAGCGAUUAGAGAUUCUAGAGUCUCCAUUGUGGUGCUCUCAGAGAAGUACGCUUCUUCUGGUUGGUGCUUAGAUGAGUUGGUGGAAAUCUUGAAGUGCAAAGAAGCUUCAGGGCAGGCUGUGAUGACUGUUUUUUACAAAGUUGAUCCGUCCGAUGUACGGAAACAGUUGGGGAAUUUUGGAAGUGCUUUCAAGAAAACAUGUGAAGGGAAAUCCGAGGAAGUGACGAAGAGAUGGAGCAAAGCUUUGACCGAUGUAGCAACCAUAGCUGGAGAACACUCUUUAAACUGGGCUAAUGAAGCAGAGAUGAUCCAAAAGAUUGCUACAGAUGUUUCAAACAAACUGAAUCUUACUACACCUCUAAGGGAUUUUGAGGGAAUGGUGGGACUUGAAGCUCAUCUGACAAAAUUGGGCUCUCUGUUAAGCCUCGAGUGGGAUGAUGUGAAGAUGAUUGGCAUUUGGGGUCCUUCCGGAAUUGGUAAGACUACCAUUGCUAGAGCUUUAUUUAAUCAACUCUCUACUAGUUUUCGGCGUACCUGUUUUAUGGGGAACAUUGAUGUUAAUGACUAUGAUUCGAAGUUGUGUUUGCAAAGCAAGCUUCUGUCAAAAAUUUUGAACCAAAAGGAUAUGAAGAUACAUCAUUUAGGCGCAAUAAAAGAAUGGCUACAUAACCAGAGAGUGCUUAUAGUUCUUGAUGAUGUGGAUGAUCUAGAGCAGCUAGAGGUAUUAGCUAAAGAAAGUUCUUGGUUCGGUCCUGGAAGUCGAAUUAUUAUUACCUUAAAGGAUAAAAAGAUUUUGAAGGCACAUGGGAUCAACGAUAUCUACCAUGUGGAUUUUCCAUCCGAAAAAGAAGCUCUUGAGAUCUUAUGUCUAUCUGCUUUCAAACAAAAUUCUCCCCAAGAUGGUUUUGAAAAGCUUGCAAAAAAAGCAGUAGAGCUUUGCGGUAAUCUUCCAUUGGGCCUUCGAGUUGUUGGUUCUUCUUUCUAUGGGGAGAGUGAGGAUGAGUGGAGGAGUCAAUUAUAUGGGAUUGAACCUAAUUUUGAUAGAAAAAUUGAGAAUGUCUUGAGAGUGGGAUAUGACAAAUUGUCGGAGCGACAUCAAUCUUUGUUUCUUCAUAUUGCAUGCUUUUUCAACCAUAAAAGUGUUGAUUAUGUGACAACCAUGCUAGCUGACAGUACUUUGGAUGUCGAGAAUGGGUUGAAGACCUUAGCUGCUAAAUCUCUUGUGUCUACUAAUGGUUGGAUAACGAUGCACUGUCUACUUCAACAAUUGGGUAGACAAGUUGUUAUUCAACAGGGCGAGCCGGGGAAACGUCAGUUUUUAGUAGAGGCCAAAGAGAUUCGUGAUGUGUUGGCAGAUGAAACAGGUACUGAAUCCAUCAUAGGUAUAUCAUUUGAUAUUUCCAAGAUCGAGGCGUUAUCUAUAAGCAAGCGAGCCUUCAAUAGAAUGCGUAACCUCAAAUUCUUAAAUUUCUAUAAUGGAAAUGUUAGCUUGUUAGAGGACAUGGAAUAUCUACCUCGUCUAAGGUUGCUUCAUUGGGGUUCAUACCCGAGGACAAGUCUUCCUUUGACAUUUCAGCCAGAAUGUCUCGUCGAAAUCUAUAUGGGAUCCAGCAAGUUGGAGAAGCUAUGGGAAGGAAUCCAGCCCCUUACAAAUCUAAAGAAAAUAAAUUUGGGAUAUUCUUCCAAUUUGAAAGAAAUCCCAAAUCUUUCGAAAGCCACUAACCUCAAGACGUUGACACUUACCAGUUGUGAGAGUUUGGUGGAGAUUCCAUCCUCUAUUUCUUAUCUACAGAAACUGGAAUUGCUGGAUGUGUCAUGUUGCAUUAAGCUACAAAUUAUUCCCACCAACAUCAACUUAGCAUCUCUUGAGGAGGUCAGAAUGAAUAAGUGCUCACGACUGAGAAGUUUUCCAGAUAUUUCGAGUAACAUCAAGCGUCUCUAUGUAGCAGGCACAAUGAUUAAAGAUAUUCCUGCGUCCAUUUUUGGAAACUGGUCUCGUCUUGAUUUGCUUCAGAUAGGGAGCAGAAGCCUCGAGAGAAUAAUACAUGUCCCAGAAAGUGUAACACAGUUAGACCUGCGCAACAGUGACAUAAAGAUGAUUCCAGAUUGCAUCAUAGGUCUCCCGCAUCUAGUAUCUCUUCUCGUUGAAAACUGCACAAAACUGGUGUCAAUUCAGGGUCAUUCCCCUUCCCUGGUGACCCUAUUUGCAGACCACUGUACAUCGCUCAAGAGCGUAUGCUGCUCUUUCCACGGACCAAUCUCGAAAUUGAUGUUCUACAACUGUCUGAAACUGGAUAAAGAAUCCAAAAGAGGAAUCUUACAACAAUGGGGUAACAAGUCUAUAUUCUUGCCAGGUAAAGAAAUCCCUGCAGAGUUCACUCACCAAACUAUAGGGCACUCGAUAACCAUCUCUCUGGCUCCAGUUUGUGAGGAAGUUUUUUCUGCGUUUGGAAGAUUUAAGGCUUGCCUUCUGCUUUCGCCAGUCAAGAAUUUUGCAUUUAAUAAGAUACGUUGUUUUCUAAGAAGCAAAGGAGGUGUCAUAAUUAACUCUGCUACAGAGUCCAUAUAUCCAUUUGUGUCUGGUGGAUCUCUAUCAGAACAUCUGUUUAUGUUUUGUGGAGACAUAUUUCCGGAUGAAGACAGUUGCCUUUUGGAUGUGACUCCGAACGAGAUUCUAUUUGAUUUCAGCUCCAGUGAUGUCGAGGUUAUGGAAUGUGGUGUAAAGAUCUUUUUGACUAGUGGCAUCGAAGUGGGCUACUCUGAAACUGGAGGCAACAGAAACCACCACAUAGAUGGAGAAGCAGAAGCUUUAAAGGUCUCUCAAGUUGAAUACAUCAAAGACAGUGAACAUACAGGUCGCUGGAGUUGGCUUAGGAAGCUUCCUCUGUGGAAGAAGAAGAUGGAGAAUAAUAUGGCAGAGCUUAGUUUGAGACCAGUCUCAGGAUCCAUUAAAAAUGAAAACAUCACAGAUCUUUGGCGUUUGCUAUGUAUUGGUUCCCUUGUGGUCUCUGUUAUUUUUCUCUUUUUUGGGAAACCCCUUGUGGUUUCUGUUUUGUUGCUUUUUUAUUGCUUGUUUCUUCAAAUGCAAUGACCUGCAUCAGCAUCACACAUCUUGUUGUGUUUUAAUAAAAAGUUUGUGGUGUUUUUAAUAAAA